GAAAAUGGUAUGGAGUUAAAGAAGAUUUCCGUACAUUAUCUAAUAAGUACUAUUUUAUUAAAACAGAUUUAAAAGAAACAACUAUAGAAGCAUAUAAAAGAAUUAACGAAGAAUCAGAAGCUAUAGCAGAAAAAACAAAUAGACAGGUCGAUAUGCGGAAAUCUGGAAGUUAUACUUUGACAAGUUUAAAACUUUUUCGAGAAACAACUUUAGUACCAAACAGAAGUGAAAAAAUCGAUGAGAAAGAAAAUGCAUGGUUAAAUUUAGCAACAACUGGUGCUUUAGUAUUUGCAGAAAAAUAUGAAGGAGAAGCUAUUCAAUAUGAUGUAAAUUCGAUGUAUAUAUAUGAAAUGUUAAAGAAAGAAGCAUCAUGGCCAAUUGCACCUAGUAAGUUUCAUACUAUAAACUCAUCUUUUACGGAAAAAUGGAGUAAAUUUCCUUAUGGAAUUUAUAAAGCAACAAUAGAAGGAAAUCCAUCAAAGAAAAGUCUUCAAUGCACGAGAUAUUUGCGCUAUAAUCCACAUGGGAUUUACACACAUUAUGAUUUAGAAUGCGCACGAAAAAAUGGAAUGAAAGUAACAUUAAUGAAUAUAACACCAAAUGCGCUUAUUUACGAAAGAAAUAUACGGAUAACAGGAAAAGACAUGUUUGGUAAAUGGGGUAUUAUAUUAUAUAACAUUAAGAAAGAAGGAGGAAUAGCUGGAAAAGUAAGUAAAGCAUUAUUAGUUUCAUUAUGGGGUGUCCUAUGUGAGCAAAGAAAUGGACAAAAUUAUGGUAUACACCCUCGAAUAAAACCAUUCUUAUUAGCAUCAGCACGAAAAAGAAUAUCAGAAAUCAUGAAACCACUAGGAGAUCAAGUAAAACGUAUACAUACAGAUGGCUUUAUUGUAGCUGGAAAAGUAGAACUUAAAACGGGAAUAGAAAUGGGUGAGCUAAAAUUCGAGAAAAAAGGAGUUUGUGUAGUAAAAAAUUGUAUAUCAGUUACUUGGAAACCAUCAUAUCCAAAAAUUCCAAAUUUGAUUACAAAUAUUUUACCAGAUUUUGAGAAAAUACAACAAGAUAAAGAGCAGAAUACAAAAUUAGAUACAGAGUAUCCUGCUUCACAAACAGUAAAAGGAAAACUAUCAAAAAAAUCUGAUAUAAAUCUUCCGAAUGAAAUUAUAAUAAAAAUAUUUCAACAUUUACAAACACAAAAUGAAAGAUUAGACACGAAGUGUUCUGCUUCGCAGUGUAGUAAUAAUGAAUUAUUAAAUUUUGUCGAAUUAAUAAAAAAGAAACCAUUACCGAAUGCGAUAAAAUAUAUAAAACAGAUAGAAUUCGAAAGAAUAGAUAAUUAUUUUAAUAUGAAUGAAUUUCAAUUAGAAGACAUUGUAAGUAUAUGCCAAAAUAUAAUAACUAUAUCAUUUAAGGAUUGUGGUUGGGGAUUUCUUAACAAUAGCUCACUAAAGAUGACAUUGGAUACGUGCAAAAAUCUAAAUCAUAUAUUUAUCUAUGGAAGUAAUCGAUUAGCACCAAAAACUGUCUUAAGUAUACCAGAAAAAUGUACAAGUAUAAAAACUAUAAAAAUACAAAAUUGUGAACGAAUAACAGAUAAAAUAGUAAAUCAAUUAGUGAGCAAAUAUCCGAAAAUUGAAAUUAAUAAAAUAGAAGUUGACUCACGAAGUGAAGAUGAUAUUGCAUCUCAAAUUAGAGAAGAUAUAUUUGACGAAUACUAG